AUGGUGGUGUCGGAGACAGGGCCUGCACACCUUGAGGAUGUCGGGAAACUGUCCAUAAUGCGGCGAACAGGGUUGCCGGCGCGUGACCUUAGGGUCCUCGAUCCCAUGCUUUCUCACUCUUCUUCCAUCCUCGGACGCGAAAGAGCCAUUGUCGUUAACUUAGAACACGUCAAAGCCAUCAUCACUGCCUCUGAGGUCCUCAUCAUCAACUCCUCCAACCCUUUCUUUCAAACCUUCCUUCAAGAUCUUCACACCCGUCUCACUAAUCAAACUCCCUCCCCGAGGAGCAAUGACAUGGAUGGUAAAGAUUCGUUGCAAGGUGGUAAAGGUUCCGGAAACGGUUCACCUGUGAGAAUAUCUGAGGACUCUGUUGCAUUUCACGUAAGAGCGGAUAGCUCUAAAAUCAAUGCAGAGGUUGUAACGGGAAAACCAGCUCCUAAGCAGUUACCUUUUGAGUUCAGAGCACUUGAAACGUGUAUUGAAUCUGCUUGUAGGUGCCUUGAAUCUGAGACUUCAACAUUGGAGAAAGAGGCUUACCCAGCUUUAGAUGAGUUGACCUCUCAACUGAGCACACUCAAUCUUGAACGUGUAAGACAGAUCAAGAGUCGUUUGGUUGCACUUUCCGGUCGUGUGCAGAAGAAUACUUUUGCUAAACCCCAUGUGGAUGCAGAGUUGGACGAUUCAGGGGUAACAGUUUAUUCAUGGGAUCCCUUUUUCCAUUUUUAG